AUGUUUAGAAAUAUAAUAUCAAAAACAACAACUACAAUAUUAAAGAAUCAUCAUUGUUGUAGUAGAUCAACAACAAGAUAUUGUUCGACAACGACUACAACGACAAAUACAACAAAUACUUUACAGAAGAAUAAUAAUAAUAAUACAAUUGAUGAAAUUAGUUUAAAUGAUGAAAUAAUAAUACAUAAACAAUUAAUAGAAACAAUAGAAACAUUUAAAGAUCAAUCUAUACAAUCAUUUUACAAAAGAUUACAUGAUAUAUUGAUACCGAUCACAUCGACACAACGAAUAGAAACAUUUAAACGAGUGAUCAAUGAUCGAACAGACCGAUUUGUAGUGGUGUGUGAAGACUUGGGUAACCCUGGUAACAUUGCUGCCGUCGUUCGGUCAUGUGAUGCAAUGGGAAUACAACAUAUGCACAUUGUCGAGAAACGAAUUAGAUUCGAUUCAUUUGGUGCCAUCUCAAAGGGAUCCGAGAAAUGGGUCACUAUUCACAGACACGCCGACACUUUGGAGUGUGUUCAAAACCUUCGUGACAAUGGUUACAAAAUAUGGAGUUCCGAUCUAUCACUUGGUGCAUUUCCAUUUGAUAAAUUAGUAUUUCAACCAAAUCAAAAUAUUAUUCCUCCUCAACUUGAUCCAUUUUAUAAUCAUUUAAAAAAUCAAAAUAAUCAAAAUAAUCAAAAUAAUCAAAAUCAAAAUAAUAUAUUUGAUAAUAUAUAUAAAGAAUAUAGUAAAGAUAAAGAUAAUGUAAUAUUAAAUAAUGAAAAGAUAGCAAUUGUAUUUGGAAAUGAACAUAAUGGAGUAUCGGAUGAAAUGAAGAGUUUAUCGGAUCGUAGAAUAUUUUUGCCAAUGAGUGGAUUGGUCGAAUCGUUUAAUGUAUCGGUCAGUGUUGGAAUGUUGUUGGCAUAUCUCAAGAUUCAAGGUGUUUUGGCUGGAAACCUCACUGCGUUGGAAAAGGAUCGACUAUUUGCAUUGUGGUGUAUGAAGUCUACACCAAAUCAUCAUCUAUUGUUUCAACGCAAUGGAAUCCAACAAGAUGACUAUGUCACCAUGUUUCUAAAUAACAACAAUGUCAAAAAUGCAUCUGGUCCUAACCCACUUGCAUCUCCUCCAAAAUCAACAAAGAUUAAUACCUAUGUUAGAUAA